CAAUCCAGUGCGAGAAAUAGAGAGAGAUGGAUGAAUCAAUAUCAACCUUCUGUAAAACCCUAGCAUGUUUCUGCAAACAUCUUCAAUCCAGUUCUGAUACUCUGAAAGAAUCGGUUGAAAGACGACCUAUUCCUCUCGAUUCGGCAUCAUCAACUUUCAUACAGUGUCUGAAUCGUAGAGUUAAAUCUGCUAGUUCAGAUCUGAAUUUACUCGAAUCUAUGGCGUUUGACACUGUAUCAUUUGAGGAGUUGUUAGGGCACUGCAAUGAACUCUAUAAGAAGAAUCAAGACGAUUUGAUCGAGCUUGAAGAUCGGUUUAAAAGCUUUGGUUACAUUCCUGAAGCUGAAAUUGACGAUGAAGAUGAAGUAAGCGAAUUGAAGACACCACCUGGAUACAAUUCCAAGUUGUUUAAGUCCGACGAAUUGGAUUUAUCAGCUUUCUCUUGUGAACCAAGGUCUAUCAUCAAAAGACUUGAAAAUGACGAUUUAUUUCAGAAAUCCUUAAGCAUACAAAAUAUGGGACUUUCGGAUGCUUGUCUCGCCACCUUAGCCUCUGGAGCCAGAGGUGACAUUGAUAUGCCCUCUUUGAGGAGGCCAAUAAACUUUGAUGAUGCUGAGCUGCCUGGUGCAAAAGGGCGUCAUGAACCUGCAACGGAGGUGUUGGACAAGGCAGGAGGGGAAUUGGAAGAUAAACCCAAGUCAGUUGGAGCAGCGGCUGCCACUCUUAUAAAAAUAUCAAAGGAUGACUACGAGAGUAAUGUUCCUUCUUACAUGAAAAGUUUAGCAUCAUGGGAGGAUAUGGAAUCAGCUGUAGAUACGAUGAACUCAUGCCUAAGGGAAAAUGAGAAGCCGAAAGAUGGCAACUUAUUUUACCAAGAUGACCUUGCUACUUUGAAUCUGGUUUUGCACAGUCAAGCUCUUUACCUUCUGGCUUCAUCUUUGUUGUCAAUAAAUAACUUAAUAAAGUCUCCCUUAGUUUGCCCUUAACAACCCCAGGAGUAAGUCAUGAAUACAUUGAUUUUUUAACCCCAAAUUGGACGUCCAAUGGUAUUUCCACAUCUGAAUAUUUUGGUGCGAAGGUCAUUAGACGUAGUGCAACCUGUCAAAAACCUGCAAGGGUUUUAAGGUGGUAAAAAAUAUAGCCUUGUUCUCUGCAGUUCCAGUAACAAGGCAUACUCCACGAAUAAAUUGAUAGAAGAAGAUUUGGGACUUUUUCCAGGACGUUUUUUCUUCCAAAUCUGUUGUCCAGGUCCUCUCAACGGUACAGAAAACUGUCGUUGUCAGGAAACUAUACGUGACCUUUUUAGGGUGCUGGGUAUUGAUGUAACUUUUUUUGAAUUGUGCAGGGCCAAAAGUGAGAUCUUACAUGCUACUGCUACUGCUCCUGCGAAUGAAUCGUCUUGUUGUUGAGACUGUUGGCGGAUCAAUUGUAUAUCGAGUUCUGUAAAUUUCGAACAGCCGAUUUCAUGAAUUUUGCAGGGCCAAUACUACGUGUUGUUGCUCCUGCGUAUGAAUAGUCUAGUUGUUGAGAGUUGAGACUGUUGGCGGAUCAAUUGUAUCUCGUGUGCUGUAAAUUUAUUGCCGUUCUAUGUCGAAACAUUAUAAAGUCAUUUGGUCAAUUGUGAAUCAAAGUCAUAAAUUUCCAAGUUUUUGGCCCAUAUGUGUAUGUUGUGGUGUUUUUUAGAA